AUGAGAAUGUUUGCAAUUUCGCCGUCAUUAUUUGGACUGGCUCUCCUCUGUUCUGUGUGCCCCACGCAACUUGAAGAGCCUGCAGUUGAAACAAAUGCAGAUGCAGCAGAUGCAGCAGUAGCAGAUGAAACAGCAGCAACAGACGCAACAGCAACAACAGCAGACGUAGCAGCAGCAGAUGAAGCAACAGUAGCAGCCUCUGCCAUCAAAAAAGACAUCGCGAUCAACAACAGAAAGCAGGAGCUUGCAGACCAGGCAGCCAAACUUGUCGCCACCAAAGCAGAACUCAACCGACAAAAACUGAAAAUCAUCAAUGAGCAGUUGAUGAUAAACUUGAACGAGACGAGCCUGAUGCAAGAAGCUUACGAGAUGGCCACAAACCUUGGCGACUCUGACGACGCCACGCGACAUCCCGAGGUGGAAAGUGCCCUAGAAAUAAUGAAGGGUCAGUUGGAUGUGUUGGAGAAGGAGAGAGAGAAGUUGAAUGAGGAGCUGCAGAUGAACCUGCUACAGAAAAAGCAGUUGGAGCAAGUUCUCAUGGUUGAUCAGGUGGUCUCCAAAGUUUUAGACAAGCAGGAGGAAGAUCUGAAAGGAAUGAUCAGCGAAAAAUAA